UGACUUUGAUCGGACAUGGCCGAGGGAGACUUUUACGCCGUGGGCGGGCGCCAGAGGUUCCCGCGGGACCCGUUCGGAGAGUCUAUGGCCUCGCGCUUCCUGGCCGACGACGACUUCGGCUUACCGCCCUUCCCGGACGACCUGUCCGUGGACUGGCCCGGCUGGGCGAGGCCGGGCCGGCUCGGCUCCCGCCUGAGCUCGGCGGCGCCCUUCGGGAGCGGCCUGCGGGCGGCCUUCCCGGAACGCCGGCAGCGGCAAUCGGGCGCGGGGCCGCUGUACGGCGCCGGACGGUACGGCGAGGCGUCGCCGGGGAGCUCGCCCGUCGGCGGCGCGCCGGGGGAACCGUGGAAAGUGUGCGUCAACGUGCACAGCUUCAAGGCGCACGAACUCAACAUCAAAACCAGGGAAGGAUUCGUCGAAGUGUCAGGAAAACACGAAGAGAAGCAAGAUGAAGGAGGAAUCGUCACCAAGAACUUCACCAAGAAGAUCCAGAUCCCGAUGGACGUGGACCCUCUGACGGUGUUCGCCUCGCUGUCUCCCGAGGGCGUGCUCAUCAUCGAGGCGCGCCAGACGCCGCCAUAUUACCUCUUCAGCGACGCCGCGACGCCGCCGCCGCCGCCACCCGAGGAGGACGCGGACUCCUCCCCUAAGCUCCAGGAGGCGCCGGUGCACUAAACAAACGCACCCUCUCUCUCUCUCUCUCUCUCUCUCUCUCUCUCUCUCUCCUUUACCUCCAGUCUCAUAGAUUGAACAAAAUGACGUUUUUUUUCUUCACAUUGUUUGUGUUCGAUGAAAAAAUGUAUGAGGUCAUGGUGUUGCACCUUAUUGCGCAAUACCAUGACAUCAUGCAAAGAAUGAAGCACUGAACAUUGGAGGCUUUUAUUACUUAAAUGAGAACUCGUGUCUGACACGAGCUAGAAGCUGAUUUUUGUUAGUUUAGUUCAAGACUUGCGCAAGAACCCUGUUGACUUUGGACAGAUCCAAGGAGGUGUUUUUGUUUUUCCCAGGAUCAGCCGUUCUAACGGGUACCAGGGUCUUAAAUUUAUGUCCAUUUUUUUUUGGUGCCACAACAAGAACUCAAUUGAUUUUUUUUACAAAUCCAAGAAGGCUGGGGUGGCUGGGGUCAAAGGUCAAAUCUGUUUCCGUCUUCCAAAUUGUCAGUACCCAUUUUCGACCUUCCAGGACCUUUUAUUCAAUGUCAGCGCAAGAACUCGAUUGAUUUCCAACCUUUAUUUUUGCAUCACUUCACUCAAAAUGGCCGAGAAAAGCCAAAAUGUCUUCCUGUCGUGUGUGCUGUUUUGUAAAUAGUCUUCAUGUGGACUCUUAAUCUGGAUACAAGUCUGCGUUUGCAUUGGUUUCUUUUCUAAUUGAGUUUUGUUGUUGUUUGUUUGUUUGUUUCUGAUGCAAUAAAAUGUCCAACUCAUGAGCACUUUUGACGCGCAGGUGAGCGCGCGUCUUCGGUUCGUCCGUUUAUGGAUCGGCACACUUUUGCAGGAACUGGUCCCUCGUUGGUCGCUCGCCGUGUCAUUCAAGCUAGGUACCGGAGCUGCGGGGUUGCCGCGGCAACGUCAUCGUCGCUUUGAUGUUUCGAAAACGUGAGACGACUUCUUUUGCACUUUUCCAGUUAGCGUUUGAGCAGACAAUCAUUUUAUCCAGCAGGCAUCGAGCGGUCGCGUGUCAAUAAUUGCAGCGAUGAGAAGGUGAUUGGCCGGGAGGUUCGCAAAUGUGAAAUCAUUUUUGACUCAUAACGUCCUCAGCAACGGACGUGUUUUUUUUAAUUUUCCACAUUAGAUUUUUUUCAGUCCACGUGUCAAUCGUUCUUGCUAGCAGUAGCAGCGAUUGGUCGCAACGUUUGGAAAAUGCAAAAUCUAUUUUUGUAACUUACUUACUCCCAGCGCUAGUAAUUGAUUUGGAAAUGGAGAAAUGAUGUUUUUAGACUUUUAAAAUGUCAUUUUCACUGCUUUUCGGUCAGUGUCGGCGCAGUCGUCGUUCGGUCGUCACGCCAUUCUCAGCCAGCGCUGGCGACCGGUCACUAGAGGGCGCUCGGGCGCCGCCCAUCGCGCCGCAUGCUCACCACGUUUGCUUUCCUACGACACCAAAAAUUCAAUGCAAACGUUGACAAUUAAGUCAGAAUCAUUUGAAAUGUUCCUUUUUCAAUGAAUUGCAGCACCCCUAAAAUUUGAGAGGGUUUUUUAGCUGUUAUUUUAAACAAGUUAGUAAAGUUUAAAACCACAAUACAGUAGUUUGUUAAACACAUAAUAUUUGAAGAACAAAAUAAUACAGCAAAAAUGGUUUGUGCCACCAUUUUAAUCGUAGGUCACUGUUUGUGCUGGUUGCUGAUGUUUUGUUUGAUUUUGAUUUUGUUGUUGUUGUUGUUGUUUUAGCUAUAGCAAACGAUUCCAGCGGGCAGAUAGUACCGCUGCCCUCUGUUUGGAGUGGAAUGAGAGAAGUUAGUUGCUGUGUCAUGUACAAGUGAUCACAUUAAAGUCACGGAAACUGAAUCCCAGCACCCCGAAA